UUUUUAAGUGUUUCUUGCCCAGGAUUUUGUUUUUUUCCACACUGAAGUCCAUUACUGUGCCUGUUUGGAAGAAGAUCUUCACAGCGGUGGUUUUUGCUUUUGCUAAGGCAACAAAGUGUGAAUGAAAAUUGAGAAUCUUUCUUCGCCAGCCUCAACCCUGAGUAUUUUCAGUAUCAGCAACAGAAAUCCAGCAGCACAUAACAGUAGAAAAACAAAAAUUGCACACGAAAUAAAGUACGAUGCCGCCCUCAACACGAAAGCCUUCUACAGCUUCUGGUGCUUCCAAAUCUAGGAGCAACAAGAAGAGCCCAGCGCCGGCGAGCAAGAGUAUGAAGAAGGUUGUAAGAGGCGCUACACCGCCGGUUUUAAAACACGCUUCGUCCACCUCGAAGUCAGCGAUGAAGAAAACAAGCACCGCAGCAGCAUCGAAAGCGAAGUCAGGAUCUUCACGAAGCCGGGGGAAAAAUCCAAUAGAUACCAGCAAAUCAACGUCCCGAGGCAGAUCAAGAGCGGUGUCUACUUCGAAAAACCGAUCCGGAAAUAAGACGUCUCGGCUUGUUUCUCCAUCCGCGGCAACUACUACAAGGGUAGCUCUCUCCCCAAACACGAAGCAAAGAUUGACGAACAGCAAGAACCGCAAGACGAUUUUGAAGUUUUACCUCUUCGGGUUCAGUUUCAUCGCAACUGCUGGUUUUCUGUUCAGUUACGUGUUGCCGCCCUUGUCCUCGGUGAAAGCCUGUGAUGAACUGGUGAACAAAAUCGGGUUUCAAAAUUUCUGGUUCCACCCGGAAAAAGAAUUAGUGGCGUUCAACUGCUUGUCAAAGUACAAAGAGGAGCACGAAUUCUACUUGUACAUCGGGUUUUGUUUCCUGUAUUUGUCCAUGCAGUCCUUCGUGAUCCCCGGGACGCUGCUGUUGUCGAUCUUGUCCGGCGCUUUAUUCCCGUUUUUCGUCGCGGAAUUCCUCGUGGCCGUCUGCUAUGAAAUGCAAAAGGAUCGUACUAGGAUAAAUCGCAUGACAAACUUCCUCAGCACGACGAGAAAUGAAAUUUCCAAUGCGGAUUCCACUUGAGAAAGAAAUUUGUAAUGCAUGAAUGCGAUUCGUACGAGUACGAUACUUCUGCACAGGAUAUCUGCGCCACGACGGGCGCAACCAUCUCCUUCCUGAUCAGCAAGGUGAUCUAUCGUAAGGAAAAAUCCUCCCUCCCUAUACCGAAAUGGAAAUCUGUGAUGCGGGAUUUGUGUACACAAAUCGGCUUUGUCUUGCAGUAGAGGACUGCAGGCAGUACGCACCUAGCAAGGCAGGCAUACUCCGCAGGCCCUACAGCAUUACAAAUUGCCUACAGGACGCGGCGAAGUUUUUGGGUUUGCCUUCUUGCAAUACGGCGCCGAUUUGCGGUCUCAAAUCAGCAUCACAAAUUUUUCAGAAGUAACCCGGUUUGGUAUGGGGAGGGAGGAUGUUCCCUCACAAUAUGAUCGGCCAGGCGUUUUUAGACUACUUCAAACUAGAUUUGGAUUUAAUCACGGAGAAACUGCAUUCGCUCAUGGGGGAAGAAGGAGGAGGAGACGCUUCUAGCACUGGCGGUCACAGCAAGAAUGCCGGGAGCAAAUCCUCGGGCAAGGGUGGCAAAAAGAACCUCAGCCAGGAGCAUAAAUCCCUCGUCAUCCCACUGACCUUACUCCGCGUCACGCCCUUUCCGAACCUACUACUCAACAUCGGCGCCCCGCACGUCGGGAUUCACGCGUUUGAGUUUUAUUUUAGCACCCUGCUCGGGUUGGUGCCGCUAAACACGGUGCACAUUCUGUCCGGAAGAGCUUUAGCGGAGUUCGGAAAAGUGGAAAAAGGACCGGUGUUGAGCAUCAUGGGCGUUGGGACGGUUUUGCUGGUAGCGGUUUUGUUGUGGAAAAGGAGGAAGGUGAAAAGUGAAUGAGUAGUGUCCGUCUAUUUACUUAUUAGUGCGCUGACUUUGAUGUCCACUUGACAAUUUCCAUUCAUCUGGUCCUCGUAAAAGUGUAGUCCGCACCGGAAGUGGUACGACCUUUCUCGUCCGCUUGGAAUGUAGGUCUGAUAUUACUCCACCGCCGUCGAAGAACCGGUGUUGUUGUCAAUCAGAUUCAGAAAUGCUCUUGGAGGUGACCAAUGGACUAGUUCGAAAUUCUAAGUGCCUGCCUCCUCCUCGAAGAUCACUGCUCUUCAUGAUGACGAAAAUUGAUGACAAGGGCCAGAUCGGAAUUAAAAGGUGCUUUAGUACAAGAAUGUGCACGACAACAAGAGCAAAUUUGAU